UCAACUUCCCUUUGGCAGGCCACACAGUUGCAGGUCAUGUCCUAUGUAACGGUGGAUAUUGGUAGUGAACAGUUGGUGAACUGGCACGACCUAUAGCCACACACUUCCACCACACUGACCCGGCUCGGCGAGACUUUGAAAAUGCUCAAAAAGCGUCUAGUCAUCGAUCUUCCUUAAAAUUAAUUCAAUCAGUACCAACUCGCUGGAACUCGGAGUAUGACAUGCUCGAGCGCAUGAAGAGAUUACAGCAACCAUUGUCAGAUGUGCUUUCGCGAACUACUAGUGUAACUGGAUUGUCUGGCACCGACUGGAAGAAACUUAGUGAUAUUAUCAAGGUCUUAGAACCAUUGAACGAGGCCACUAAAAUUGCUUGUGGGUCAAAAUACCCUACGAUCUCCAUGAUUGAGCCAAUACUUCGAGGGGUGGAGGAAGCUUUCGAAAAUCUUGCUUUCGAUGACGAGACAAGCGUUGGUCUGAAUAAUAUUGAUAGCGAAGAUAGUGAUGACGAUGAUAAUAGUGAUGAUGUUCAGAUGGGACUUCCAACGAUUGAUAACGAGUCUCAGAUGCAUAUGGGUUAUAACUUUUCAAAAAAUAUAAUCCGGAAUUUAAAAAUUAGGUUUUGUGAGAUUAAGGAAGAUAAGUUGUAUCGUAAAUGUACAUUUCUCGAUCCUCGUUAUCAGGAUUACUUUUUAACCGAUGAUAAGGUGAAAGAUGACAUAAAGAAAGAUAUAAAAGAAGAGAUUAUUGCCUAUAAAUAUUCGAACAAUGUUUUUGAAAACGAACAUGAAACUGUUGCUGAACCUCCUGUAAUCAAACCCACCAAGUUUUGGGACUUCAUGAAACAGCGACGAGCUAAUAGAGAAGAAACAGUAACCUUGCGCCUUGAGAAAGACAUUGAUCAAGAACUUAUUCAAUAUUUGUAUUCAGCAGAUAUUGAUCCUUCGGAUGAUCCUAUUCAUUGGUGGAAAAAAGAAUCAGUUAAAUAUCCUCUCUUAUCAAUGCUGGCUCGACGUUAUUUGCCAAUUCCAUCUACGUCUGUUGAGAGUGAGAGGCUGUUUUCUACUGCUGGAGACAUUGUGACUGAAAAGCGCAAUUCAUUAUCACCUGAUAAUGUUGCUCGGUUGUUAUUUUUAAAUAAAAAUAUAACUUGUUAUGUUUGAUUGAAUAUUAUAUCGAAAUUUUAAAUAAAAUAACGCUAUUCUAUUUAGACACGCGAGCAAACGUAUUCUUAGAAAGAAAUUUUUAAUUA